AUGUCAAGGGGCGCAGAGAUCGAAGGUGAUUGUAACCCUUGGAGUAUUGAGGAUGGUUCGAGAGGUGCAGCGAUCGAAGGUGAUUGUAACCCUUGGAGUAUUGAGGAUGGUUCCAGGAUUGCAGAGAUCGAAGGUGAUUGUAACCCCUGGAGUAUUGAGGAUGGUUCCAGGAUUGCAGAGAUCGAAGGUGAUUGUAACCCCUGGAGUAUUGAGGAUGGUUCCAGGGUUGCAGAGAUCGAAGGUGAUUUGAACCCCUGGAGUAUUGAGGAUGGUUCCAGGGGUGUAGAGAUCGAAGGUGAUUGUAACCCCUGGAGUAUUGAGGAUGGUUCCAGGAUUGCAGAGAUCGAAGAGAGUUCCGAGAGUGCUCAGAACACCUCGACCAUUCUUGAUGCCACAACACGGCUACGAAAUAUCAUCUGUUGUAUCAUUCUGAUGAUCGCAGUUGCCGUCGUUUGGAUUCUUGCCACCCAGUUUGUCCGAGAGACCUACAGCCCUGGUCAUUUCGAGGCGCCUUUCCUACUUAUGUAUAUAUGGACAAUAUGUCUGAUCCCAUUCUACCCUAUAUUUGUAUUGGUGAGGUUUGUGUACAAAAAACGACAGAGCAAACCGAUACAGGAGUUCAGAAGUCAUAUACGACUAUAUUACACCGAUGGAGAGCGACAGUUGCGCCAAUAUAUAGGACUAUCGGUUAUGUUCUGUAUCCUCUGGAGUCUGAUGCAGUUUACCUACAUACGGGCACUUGAUCCGGAGCUACUUUCACCGACAGGCGUUGCUGCUCUUUAUUCAACGUAUCACAGCUUUGUGUACUUAUUAUCAUGGAUCGUCCUGUUUGAAAAAUUUGUCGCUAUCAGAAUCAUGGCCAUGAUAUUCUCCAUUUCCGGUAUGGUGCUCUCUGCUUAUGCUGGUGGAUUUGGUUCUACGUCCAUGUGGGGCGUAAUUUUAUCUGUCUCGGCAUCCGCUACUAUGUCUGUAUUUAAGGUUUUAUAUAAGAAGUUUAUUGGAAUUCCUGAUUACGGUCAAAUCUCCCUGUUUACAAGUUUGAUAGGUGUUGGUAAUGUUUUAUGUCUUUGGCCAGUGGUGCUGUCAUUAUGUUUUACAAAGACAGAAGUAAUCACACGUGACGUACCCUGGGCAUACAUCAUAGGGUCAUCUAUCGCCAUCUCAGUCCUGCAUGUACUUUUACACUACAUCGAAUUGGCUUUGUUUGACGUGUUCUUGGGUUUGGGAUUUCUUCUUGGAAUAGUAAUGAGUGCACUAAUUGACUACUUAUGGCGAGGAAUAUACUUCAGUGGAAUGGAGGUAGCGGCGAUGAUUCUGACGUCAUUCGGCAUCCUCCUAGUCUCCCUCCCCGAUCACUGUCCAACCGACUUCAGCAUGCUUACCAUGUGGUGCCGACGCCGAAAACGAUGUGAGGUACAAGGAACACCACAGUCGACAGCUGACACUUCUGGAACAAGAUGGCGGAGGAGUAUAAAGAAAUGA